UUUAAAUCUUGUUUAUCGUUGAAAGCCCGUACAGAAGAAAAAUUGGAAGCGACUGGACUGAGAAAUAGGCGUAGGCAAUUGGGAUGAAGACAACCACAAGCGUUGUCUGAACUGUGAAUUGUGAGAGCGAGAGCGAGGAAGGUUGAAGAGAUUAAGAAUGGCAAGUAAGGCCAACCUUCCGAAAUCUGGAGCCAUUUCCAAGGGCUACAACUUCGCAUCUAACUGGGAACAGAACACGCCAUUAACGGAGCAGCAGCAAGCGGCCAUUGCAACCCUAUCGCAUUCCGUCGCAGAGCGACCCUUCCCUCCCAAUUUGGGCCAGGACCGUACAGGACAUCAAAAUGCCCUGUCCGUCUCCACCAAGGACAGCUCCUUUGGCUCGGAACACUCUGUUGCUAUAGAAGCCGUUCUCGUCAACACAAAUCAGUUUUACAAAUGGUUUACAGAUCUUGAAGCCGCUUUGAAGUCGGAGACAGAGGAGAAGUAUCGCCACUAUGUAGACACUUUGACAGAGCGCAUACAGACUUGUGAUGGUAUACUUGGUCAGGUGGAUGACACCCUAGACUUGUUUAAUGAACUGCAACUUCAGCAUCAGGCAGUAGCAACGAAGACUAAAACUCUUCACGAUGCAUGCGACAGACUGUUAAUAGAGAAGCAACGACUGAUUGAAUUUUCAGAAGCACUCCGCAGUAAGCUGAACUACUUUGAUGAAUUGGAGAAUAUUGCGACCAAUUUUUAUUCUGCAAACAUGAAUGUUCUAAAUGAGAACUUUCUCCCUCUUCUCAAACGCCUUGAUGAUUGCAUAUCGUAUGUUGAAAGCAAUCCACAAUAUGCAGAAUCCAGUGUUUACCUACUCAAGUUUCGACAAUUGCAGUCUCGAGCUUUGGGCAUGAUUCGUUCUCAUGUACUUUCAGUUCUCAAAGGUGCUUCUUCUCAGGUACAGGCAGCUAUCCGAAGUAGCGGGGGCAGCAAAGCAUCUGUUUCUGAGGGUGUGGAAGCAUCUGUUAUAUAUGUCCGUUUCAAGGCAGCAGCAAGUGAGCUUAAGCCAGUGCUGGAGGAAAUUGAAAGCAGAUCAUCAAGGAAAGAAUAUACUCAGAUCCUGGCGGAAUGCCACAAACUAUAUUGUGAACAGAGACUUUCCUUGGUAAGAGGUAUAGUACAUCAACGGAUAUCUGAAUUUGCCAAGAAAGAGGCCUUGCCAUCAUUGACUAGAUCUGGAUGUGCAUAUCUAAUGCAGGUCUGUCAGCUUGAGCAUCAACUUUUUGAUCAUUUUUUCCCAUCUUCUGCAGAGGACGUUUCAAGUUUGGCUCCAUUGAUAGAUCCUCUGUCUACAUAUUUGUAUGAUACACUGCGGCCAAAACUUAUUCAUGAAACAAAUGUUGAUUUUCUUUGCGAACUUGUUGAUAUAUUGAAAGUUGAAGUCCUAGGUGAACAGUUAAGUCGGAGGAGUGAAUCAUUAGCUGGUCUACGUCCUACACUAGAGAGAAUUCUUGCAGAUGUUCAUGAACGGUUGACUUUCCGUGCUCGAACACAUAUUCGUGAUGAGAUAGCAAAUUAUUUUCCUUUGGAUGAAGACUUGGAUUACCCUGCAAAGCUGGAAAGAUCUGUGGCAGAUAAUCUUGAAACUACUUCUCAGGCUGAUGAAAACCUAGUCUUCAAAACGUGGUAUCCACCUCUAGAGAAAACGAUAUCUUGCCUUUCAAAGUUGUAUCGCUGUUUAGAGCCAGGAGUUUUCACUGGUUUAGCACAGGAAGUGGUUGAAGUUUGUUCAACAUCUAUCCAGAAAGCGAGCAAACUCAUUGCAAGGAGAUCAUCACCAAUGGAUGGUCAGCUUUUCCUCAUAAAGAAUCUUCUUAUCUUAAGGGAGCAGAUUGCACCAUUCGAUAUUGAGUUUUCUGUCACACAUAAGGAACUCGAUUUCUCACACUUGCUGGAGCAUCUAAGACGAAUUCUUAGAGGUCAAGCCUCUUUAUUUGAUUGGUCCAGGUCAACUUCACUGGCAAGGACCUUAUCUCCCCGAGUUUUGGAAAGUCAAAUAGAUGCUAAGAAGGAAUUGGAGAAAAGCCUGAAAACCACUUGUGAGGAGUUCAUAAUGUCAGUCACUAAGCUGGUUGUGGAUCCUAUGCUUUCAUUUGUUACCAAGGUCACAGCUGUGAAAGUUGCAAUGUCAUCUGGCAGCCAGAAUCAAAAGGCAGAGUCGGUUAUGGCCAAACCACUCAAAGAUCAAGCUUUUGCAACUCCAGAUAAGGUGGCUGAACUUGUUCAAAAGGUAGCUGCUGCUAUUCAGCAAGAGUUGCCAAUAGUAAUGACAAAGAUGAAGCUUUAUCUGCAGAACCCAUCAACACGAACUAUUCUAUUCAAACCCAUAAAGACAAAUAUCAUGGAAGCUCAUGUGCAAGUACAGUCCCUGCUAAAGGCCGAGUAUUCCCCCGAAGAGAUACAAGGCAUCAUAAACAUGCCUUCCAUACAAGAACUUCAAGCACAACUGGAUAAUCUCCUUUAGAGUGUUUGUGAACUUAAACGUUGUUCUUAUUAGCUGGAUGAUCUAGAGGUUGUUAUUGUUAGAUUAGAGAAAUGCUGCAAUAUUGCAACACUUUUUUUGGUGAAAGGACGAAUUUAUGUAUCAGUUUUGGCUUCAGAUAAUCAGCCGAUGGGUAGUGUUAUAGGGUGUUUUAUCAGCCAGAUUGCUCAUAGGCUGUUUCAGUGAAGCACAUUUUCUAUUUUUGUGAACGGUCAUUCUUUUUAUAUAAGAGAUUCAGAA